CUGCAGUCCGGUGCCUAAAAUCUAACACUUGCGCUGCUGCAUUUCUUUGAUGCAUUUCUGAGUUAAUUAAAACGUAACUGAUUUGGUGUUAAUUAUAUACGUCUUAUUUGUUCCAGAGAAGCAGCAAGAAGACAGAGCGGUGCUGGUUGUGACGCAGGCUUUUACUCCUUUUUACUGAAGUGACGGAUUGGAAACACGACUUCCAGCUGUGGAGAAGUGAAAGACAGAGAGUCUCACACACUCACUGCUGCCCUUCACCCCACUUCUCUUAUCAAGCCUUCAGUCAUAAAACAGGGCUGAACACACACGCACACACACUCACAGGGAGCACUGAACAAACUGCUCUCCCUGCAGUCAGUGUCCCGUGGUCUGGACCUCCGUCAGCAGCUCUUCUCACGGGGACUUUGUCACUUCAGCAGGUGAGCGAUGAACUCUUUCGCACUCUUGUUGUCACCUGUAUGAGGAUUAAUCUGCAGCAGGUUCAAGCACAGUGAGGAGGAGAGAGGUCGAGGAUGUCGGAGAGCAAAGUGACGAUAGAGUUUGGGCAGAAUGGAGCCUCAAAACACCAGUCUGCAGGUUUGGGCCAACAGCAGCAUGGCGCCACCGUCAGUUUUCACAACAUCAACUACAAGGUGACGCAGGGAGGAGGCUGCCUGUGUUGGAAGAAGGGUACGACCAAAGACAUCCUCAUUGAUCUCAAUGGGAUCAUGAAGCCGGGUCUGAACGCCAUCAUGGGAGCAACAGGAAGCGGCAAGUCGUCGUUUCUGGAUGUUUUGGCGGCCAGGAAGGAUCCUGCCGGUCUGUCAGGAGAGGUUUUGAUCAACGGAGCUCAUCAGCCUCCAAACUUCAAGUGUCUGUCUGGAUACGUGGUGCAGGACGACGUGGUGAUGGGAACGCUGACGGUCAGAGAGAACUUCACCUUCUCUGCAGCGCUGCGGCUCCCGACGAGCAUCUCUCAGGAGGAGAAAAAACAAAAAGUCGACAGACUGAUCCAGGAGCUGGGACUGGGCCGGGUGGCCGACUCAAGGGUGGGCACUCAGCUGAUUCGUGGGAUCUCCGGCGGCGAGAGGAAGAGGACGAACAUCGGCAUGGAGCUGAUCAUCGACCCGCCCGUCCUCUUCCUGGACGAACCGACCACCGGCCUCGACGCAAGCACUGCCAACUCUGUACUGCUGCUGCUCAAGAGGAUGGCAAACAGCGGUCGCACCAUCAUCCUGUCCAUCCACCAGCCUCGAUACUCCAUCUACCGCCUGUUCGACCGGCUCACCCUGCUGGUCAACGGCAAACAGGUUUACCACGGCCCGGCACAGAGCGCUCUAGAGUAUUUCUCAGACAUCGGAUACACCUGUGAGCCCCACAACAACCCUGCUGACUUCUUCCUGGACAUCAUUAACGGAGACUCAACCGCUGUCGCUCUCAGCAGCAUGGACAAUGAAGAUCCAGAUCCAGAGCCAGACUCAGACACGGUGUCGAUGUCCAGACGGGGGAUCGAGGACAAACUCGUAGAGGAAUACAGAAACUGUCACGACUACAAACAGACCAAAGCAGAGCUGGAAAGGAUCAUUCAGGGUAGGCAGAUCAUCACCACUGCUCCUUCCAGAACCAUCACCUACAACACCAGCUUCCUGACCCAGUUCAGAUGGGUUCUCAAGAGAACGUUCCGCAACCUCAUGCUCAACCCUCAGACCUCCAUCGCUCAGGUAGCAGUGACCUUGUUCCUCGCUCUGGUCGUAGGAGCUAUUUUCUUUGAUGUCAAGGAGGAUCCAAGUGGAAUACAGAACAGGUUUGGCGCUCUCUUCUUCAUCACUGUGAAUCAGUGUUUCAGCUCGCUGUCAUCUGCUGAACUCUUCAUCUCAGAGAGGAAACUCUUCAUUCACGAGUAUAUCAGCGGCUACUACCGGCUAUCUGUGUACUUCCUGUGUAAGAUCCUGUCUGACAUCAUCACGCUGAGGACCAUCCCCGCCAUAGUCUUCAGCUGCGUGGCGUACUUCAUGAUUGGUCUGAAGCCGACAGUUGAAGCGUUCUUCUUGUUCAUGUUCACUGUGGCUCUGGUUGCCUACACCGCCACCGCCAUGGCUCUGGCCAUCUCCGCCGACCAGACUGUGGUGGCCAUCGCCAACAUCUUCAUGACCAUCGCCUGCGUCUUCAUGAUGAUCUUUGCAGGUUUACUCGUGAAUCUUCCCUCAAUCGUCAACUGGCUCGCUUGGUUGAAGUACUUCAGUAUACCACGAUACGGCCUCAGUGCUCUGCAGAUUAAUGAGUUUAAAGGACUGAAGUUCUGUCACGUGUCGAAUUACACACCUGAGCGCGCGUGUACUGGGGAGGAAUUUCUGGAGGAGCAGGGUGUAGAUUUCUCCACCUGGGGCUUCUGGCAGAACCACAUGGCUCUGGGCAUCAUGACCAUCAGCUUCCUCACCAUCGCUUAUCUCAAACUGCGCUUCAUCAAGAAGUUCACCUAGACCUUCAUCACCAUCAUCAUCAUCAUCAUCGUCACUGUUGUAGUUUAACACAAGAAAGAAGUGCAGCUCAAGACUGUGUUCGUACAUCUCACAUUUUUUUGCAGAUGGUUUCUAUUUUUUUGUUUGUGUGUAUCAUCUGCAGUUGAUUCAUGUGAUAAAACAUGACACAGUAAUCCUCCAGAUCAAUACUGAUGAUUUGUUUGUCAUUUGUUGUUUACGGAGCUGUUAUGGCACAGAUUAAUUAAUUAUUUAUUUACUCCUUACUAACCCCAGAGCCCUUCAGUGUAGUAACUACUAAUAAACUGUAUCAUGAUUUUUGCACUUUAAAGUUCAGAGCCAAAAAAGUAAAAAAAAAUGUUCACACAAAUACAAGAAUAUUAUAUUUAUGAUUUUGUAAAAAAUAAAAUAGUGAAUUUGCAUUCUGAA